AUGGCCACCGACCCAGCCCCAAUGGAAGAUAUUGAAAUGAACCGCGUCCAAAGCGCACAACUCACAAACGACUGCAUCAGUUCUCUCAGCUGGAACAAAGUUCAAGUUACCGUCAAGGACCGCAAAACCGGCGAUCCGCUCGCCCUUCUUGCUGAUGUCUCGGGUGCUGUGCACGCCGGCGAGAUGCUUGCCAUCAUGGGCCCCAGCGGCUCAGGCAAGACUACGCUUCUCAACGCCCUCGCCCAUCGCGUAGCUGCCGCUGGCGCCACCACCAAGGGCGAUAUUCGUGUCAAUGGCCAGUCCGUGACGCUGCAAACAAUCCGAGACCUUUCGAGCUAUGUUGAGCAGGAGGAUGCUCUCAUUGGUAGCUUGACUGUUCGUGAAACGGUCUUGUUUGCCGCUCGCAUGUCCUUGCCCAGCCACGUUGCAAAGAGAAUGGUUAUGCAGCGUGUCGAUGACCUUAUCGCUAGCUUUGGUCUUCAAAGCCAAACAAACACCAUCGUCGGCACGCCUAUCAAAAAGGGUCUGAGCGGAGGGCAGAAGAAGCGACUUGGUGUUGCCAGCCGCCUCGUCACCAACCCCAAGAUUUUGUUUCUCGACGAGCCAACCAGUGGUCUAGACAGCGCCUUGUCUCUAGAAGUGUGCAACUACAUCAAGAACAUUGGCCGCCAACACAAUUUUGACAAGCUGUGCCUCCUUUCCGGAGGACGCACUUGCUAUUUCGGUCCUAUUCACGACGCGGUUUCCUACUUUUCCGCCAUUGGGCACCCUAUUCCCCCAGAGACAAACUCGGCAGAGUUUUUCCUAGAUCUCAUCAACACCGAUCUAGACAAGGACGGCAGUAUAGUCGCACGCACCGAUGAGAUCUGCAAGGCCUGGAGUAGUUGCUCCAAUCGUUCCGAGCUCGACUCGGAACUGCAACAGUUGGUCACGAAUUCCAUAUCCAAGAAGCUGGACUACAAGGUCGAGCAUCCCAGUGCAUUUAUGGUCCCGUCUGUGCUUCUACACCGAGCAUGGAUCAAGUCUCAUCGUGACAUCAUGGCAUACGGCAUUCGUGUUGCCAUGUACCUCGGUUUAGCGAUUCUCAUGGGAACCGUCUUCUUGCGCCUCAAGACCGAGCAAAGCUACAUCCAGCCUUACAUCAACGCCAUCUUCUUUGGCGGCGCUUUCAUGUCGUUCAUGGCUGUUGCAUAUGUGCCUGCUUUCCUCGAGGAUCUCAACACUUUCAAACAGGAGCGCGCGAAUGGACAUGUUGGGCCGUUGGCUUUCAUCUCGUCCAACUUCAUCAUCGGACUGCCGUUCUUGUUUUCGUUUGCACUGCUUUUCUCCGUUGUCGAGUACUGGCUAUCAAACUUUCGACCCGACCCCAGCGCCUUUUUCAAGUGGGUUCUCUGGCUUUUCUUGGAUCUUGUCGCCGCAGAAUCCCUUGUCGUGUUGGUCUCCUCCAUCUUCAAUGUGUUCGUUGUUGCUUUGGCAGUGACGGCCUUCGCCAACGGCUUGUGGAUGUGCGUUGAUGGCUUCCUUGUGCCCAUGGGUGUUCUCAACGUAUUCUGGAAAUACGUCUUUCACUACAUUGACUAUCAGGCAUAUGUAUUCCAGGGCAUGAUGGUCAACGAGUUUGAGCAACGUGAAUACGGCUGUGCCACUCUUCCAUCUGGCCAGUAUCAGUGCCAGUAUCCCAGCGACUUGAAUGAAAAGGGCUUGAUUGCUGGCAAAGACGUUCUCAAGCAGUUCAGCAUUAGCACUGGCCAAGAAGGCACCUGGAUCGGUAUCAUGAUCGGCAUUAUUGCCGGCUACAGGAUUCUCGCUUACUUGGUGCUGGCUGUCCGCAAAUAA